GUGGUACUUUGUCAGUGUAUUUGUUUGAUCAACAGCACUCUCUGGUGGCCAUAGAGGAAGUGAAUCUGAAGACCUCCGAACAGACCUUCAUGGCUUCAGAGCAAGACUGGCAUGUAGUGGGGAAAGAUUAACUUCAUAUCCCAUGAUGCAGUGUACUGUACUUUUGUACUGCUCCUCAUAUUUUAAAUGUUCUGACUAUGGAAAAAGGUCUCUUGAUACUUUGGAAGUCAACACAGAAUUUGCAUGGGUCAGUUAUAAUGUCUGCAAUUCAUUCUGAUAACAGGUGCAUUGACACAACAGUCUUUUGUGAGUCAGUCCCUGCAUGCAAAUAUUAUAUAGCCAAGUCCAGGUUUGACCAUUUAAUCACUGGCAUUUUGUUCUGACCAACUCAGUGGCCUUGUUGUUUGAGUGUCCACCCGGAUAUUGGAAGGUUGGGAGUUCGAUGCCCUGCUGAGUCAUACCAAAGAUGGGACCCAAUGCGGCUCUGCUUGGCACACAGCAUUGAGGAGAUUGGGUUUAAGGCUCUGUGAUACAUUAGCGUCCAGGGGGUCCAUCAAGCUGCCUCAUGCUACAGGAACAGGAGAUAGGCUCCUGUUCCUAUGAGCUGUUCCAGCUUGCACACUCCAAGGCUCGUGCAAGGUUAAUGACUAAUUACUUACUAAUUGUGUUCUGAAUCUUGUUAAAUAGUCCAAUAGCACCAAGGACGGUCUUAGUGCACCAAUCCAACAACAAACUCCAGGCACCAAGUAGGGCGCAAACACAGUCUUGUGUUACUGUCUAGGAACUGUGGGUGAUGAGGUGAUUUGCAUUGAUAUCAGUCCCAUUGUAGAUGGUCUUCUCCAGAAACAAACGGUAAUUCUGUAUGUUAGGCUAAGUAAAGACGGUCACUCACUCCUCACCAAUGGAACUCAGUGCAUGACCAGAGAGACUCAGCACAAGAGAUGGUACCUAUGAAAACGAUGACAGGGACAGGCCUCUAUUCGCUUGCUUGCCUUCUCAUGAUCAGCAGUGUCCGCUCUAACUGUGUUCCUUUGGAGUGUCUGAGGUGUGACAUAAUCCCCUCACCUGAAGUGUCUGGGAAUCACAAAGCAGAUGAGGCCACCUGUGAACACCUGUGCUCUAACACUACCCAAUGUCUCAAUACCACUGAUGUAGAGAAUUGCAUAAAAGAUUUUGAAGUGUUUCUGAACACCAGUAAUGGAUUUGAAGUGGAGGAGGGUGAUGACCUCACAAUGGAGUGUGCCCACGACCUACCGGUGAGAGAUCAUGACCUGCUGGUCUUUGUCUGGCUGAAGGAUGGGCUUCCCCUGGAGGGCGAGAACAAUAGCACGGUGACCUUGGAGAGGAUAGGCAUAGAUACCCCUGCCGAGGGGAUAUACACCUGCACCAUCCAGAGUCCCUGUGGCAACUUCACCUCAGAUCCAGAAGAACUUGAAUUUAAAGACAUGACAGUGGUGAUCAUUGUGAUCUGUGGUGUGUCUGCUGUGGUGCUGGUCCUGUCCCUGGGCAUGGGCAUCAAGAUCAUGCUGAAGAAGGACUUUGCGAAGACCAAGACCAGGAUGCAGCAUAAUACUCAGAACCUACGGAACACCGCCAACACAACAGAGUAGGGUUUCCUUUUUCCCAAAAACCUAGCCAUUUUCUUCCUGAGAAAAUUGCAAGCCUUUCCCGGGCAUCCAUGUAUUCCCGUUAAAACAGGAAAGGCUUUUUAAAAGCAUAUAAAAAUCUGAUUCACUGUAAAUGGAGAAAGAUACACACAUGUCUAACGGUUUCUUGCUCUAUUUGUUGCAAUUUAAAGGUCCAAUGCAGACUUUUUUAUCUCAAUAUCAAAUCAUUUCUGCGUAACAAUUAAGUACCUUACUGUGACUACUUUAAAUUAAAAUGGUAAAAUAGAUACAAAAUUUGCUUUUUACCAAAGAGCAAUUUCUCAAGCAAGAAUUUUGCUAGGACUGUCUGGGAGUGGUCUAGGUGGUGAGGGGAAACUGAAAAUGUGCUGUUAUUGGCAGAGAAGUU